AGCCCCUUCCCUAUUGGGGCUCCUGACAGAGGACACGAGACAGCUCGUUCGGCUGCGCCUGGGCGCUGGGCUGGGCGCUUGCCGAGGCUCGUUGCUGUGGGGACUCGCCUGUCAUGGAGGAGCUGGAUGGGGCGCGGGGCGCGGCGGAGGCUUCCCGGUGAAGGCGGCUCCGGGGAGAGGGAGCCGGCGGGGCGCCCGCGCUGGGGAAGAUUGUUGAGCACAGUCUGUGCUCUGAAUUGUUAGGACCUAAGAUCAGAGUCUUCAUGUUUGUUCACAGAGAUAACGCAGAUCUAAGAAAAGCGUGUGGGUCUUCUGUUUGGACUCUGUAGUUCCAGUAGUCCCAUUAUCUGUGACACUGAAGGAUAAAAGCGGCACAGACUAAAUGGAUCUAAAGACAGCAGUGUUCAAUGCAGCUCGUGAUGGCAAACUGCGGCUCCUUGCAAAGUUACUGGCAAACAAAACCAAAGAAGAGGUGGCCUUGCUGAUGUCUGAAAAAACUAGUGGUGCUACACCACUUUUGAUGGCAGCCCGUUAUGGACACCUUGAUAUGGUGGAAUACUUGCUGGAGCAUUGCUGUGCUUCUAUAGAAGUUGGUGGCUCGGUGAAUUUUGAUGGUGAGACCAUUGAGGGGGCUCCUCCAUUAUGGGCAGCUUCUGCUGCUGGUCAUUUGAAGGUAGUCCAAUGUCUGUUAGAUCAUGGCGCAUCUGUCAACAACACAACACUGACAAAUUCAACCCCACUUAGGGCAGCCUGUUUUGAUGGGCACCUGGAAAUAGUAAAAUACCUUGUGGAGCAUAAAGCUGAUUUGGAAGUAUCAAACCGACAUGGGCACACAUGCCUGAUGAUCUCAUGUUACAAAGGACACAAAGAAAUUGCUCAGUAUUUACUUGAAAAAGGUGCUGAUGUUAAUAGAAAAAGUGUUAAAGGAAAUACUGCAUUACAUGACUGUGCAGAAUCUGGAAGCUUGGACAUCAUGAAGAUGCUUCUUAAAUACUGUGCAAAGAUGGAAAAAGAUGGCUAUGGAAUGACUCCCCUUCUGUCAGCCAGUGUGACAGGUCAUACAAAUAUUGUGGACUUCCUGACGCAGCAUGUACAGACCAGUAAGGCAGAACGUAUCAAUGCUUUGGAGCUUUUAGGAGCAACAUUUGUGGACAAAAAAAGAGAUCUUCUUGGUGCUUUGAAAUACUGGAAAAGAGCUAUGGACAUGAGGUACAGUGACAGGACUAAUAUCCUCAGCAAACCUGUGCCACAAACACUAAUUAUGGCUUAUGACUAUGCCAAGGAGGUGAAUAGUGCAGAAGAGCUAGAAAAUCUUAUUGCAGACCCUGAUGAGAUGAGAAUGCAAGCACUGUUAAUUAGAGAACGUAUUCUUGGUCCUUCUCACCCAGAUACAUCUUAUUAUAUUAGGUACAGAGGUGCAGUCUAUGCAGACUCUGGAAACUUUAAACGAUGCAUCAACCUAUGGAAAUAUGCUUUGGACAUGCAGCAAAGCAAUUUAGACCCACUGAGCCCUAUGACAGCCAGCAGUUUACUGUCAUUUGCUGAACUCUUUUCCUUCAUGCUACAGGAUAGGGCAAAAGGCCUCCUAGGCACCACCGUUACAUUUGAUGAUCUUAUGGGAAUACUGUGCAAAAGUGUCCUCGAAAUAGAUCGGGCUAUCAAGCAAACUCAGUGUCCACCUGACCAAAUACAGCUGAACAAAGCCCUUUCUAUCAUUUUGCAUUUAAUUUGCUUGCUGGAAAAAGUUCCUUGCAGUCCAGAACAGGACCAUUUUAAAAAGCAGACUAUUUACAGGUUUCUUAAACUGCAGCCUAGAGGGAAGAAUAACUUCAGCCCACUUCAUCUUGCUGUUGAUAAGAAUACUACAUGUGUGGGUCGUUACCCUGUUUGCAAGUUCCCCUCUCUACAAGUUACUGCUAUACUGGUGGAAUGUGGUGCUGAUGUAAAUGUCAGAGACUCUGAUGAUAACAGCCCCUUACACAUUGCUGCACUGAACAACCAUCCAGACAUCAUGAAUCUUCUUAUCAAGUCAGGUUCACACUUUGACACCACAAACUUGCAUAAACAAACUGCUAGUGACUUGCUGGAUGAGAAGGAAAUGGCAAAAAAUUUGAUCCAGCCCAUAAAUCAUACUACAUUGCAGUGUCUUGCUGCUCGUGUUAUAGUGAAUCACAGCAUAUGUUAUAAAGGGCACAUCCCUGAAAAGCUAGAGAACUUUGUGUUGCUCCAUAGAUGAUAGUAUGACAAUUGUUGAAGCACGAGUUGGUGACCUUAAUUGUUGCUUUCUCAAGCACUGUUGUGAUACACCGGCGUUCAUUUAGCUUGACCUAUCGUGUUCUCAUUGGCUAAAGCAUCAUUAGCAUCAGAUCUGCAGAAUUGGCUACCCAGUAUUUAAUAUGAAUAUGCCAUAUAAUAUAUUUUGUGGAUUAUUUAGAAAUGUAAUGCCAUAUUUAGACUCUCUUAAAAUUGUCCGCCAAAGGCUUGUCUACUCUGGUUUUAUUUGCCUGUUGGGUGUUUAGGACUGAGAUGAAUAUUUUUCACUGGUGUCUUUUUACUAUUACUGGUAUGUGGAUUUUAUACAGUUGGAAGGUCAUCUUUUUUGUUUUUGCUUGCGCAUUUCUACUCAAAUUCUGUUUUUCUAUGAACUCAUUGCUAAACUGAACAAGUUGUAUGGACUUGUUAACAUUUGCAAUUACCAUAAGUGCUUUAUCUUCUCUAUGCACUGGCUUAAACAUGACUGUUGUGUGUUAGCAUAUUUCUAUGCAGCAGUUGGCCAACUUCAGCUCAAACAGCAUUUUUUGCAGUUUUAUGGAGCUUUUUCUGAGAACACUUCCUUCACAGCAUGACAAUUUUUGGAGCUACGUGUCAAUUGUCCAAACUUUUUGGUUUGACUUUUAUUCUAGCUGUAUCUGAGGUUGCUUUCUUAGUCCUCUUGAAAUAUGUGCUAAAUUUGGGAGAAAAACCUGUUCUUGUUCUCUUGGUAACCCAGUUGAAAUUUAAGUCUAAGUCAUUCUGAUGCAUCAUGCAGCAAGGGGAAGAGUCCUUAUCAUGUACAUCUGACUCUUUCCCUCUGCACUAACGUCUUGUUUGUGCUGAUUGUGUGACUAGAUGUAGAGAGUUUGCUCAAAUUUUUAACCUCAAACUUAAUAAUACACUUGAAUAAGAAAUUAAUUGAAUGUAUGCAGUAGUCUGAAAUUACAAAUCAAUUUCCUUACCUACAAAAGGAACUAAAGCAUGUUGGUGGCAUGAUGCUUGUCAAACCAGGUUUAGACAUCUAGUAUAAUUAUAGUACCUUGGCAGAGAGCCACUCACUAUAAUGUAUCAAAAAUUCCAUAGCAGUGUCCUCCCUUUUCUUAAUUUUAAAUAUACCCUUUUAGAUAAUUUGCAUGCAUUUUUCAUCUCUUGUAUUGUCAGCCAUACUUAAACACCAGAAGUUGUGGUGUGUACAUAGCUUCUAUUGAAAGUUACCUAUUUUUAUAAUAUUUGCACAACAGCUUAGCUAUCUCAGCAAAAAGGGCUUUUUCAACUUGAUUAGAAAUCCGCAAGUGAAGAUUCUAAAUGAGUAAGAUUCAGGUAAUUUAAUAUAAUUCAGCACUUUAUUGUUGAUUCAGAAUGAAACUUAUUCAGGCACAUUAGCCCUACAAAUGUUUUUAAAUUGUUCUCAAGAGAAAAAAUUCUUUUGGGUUGAGUAGAGUGCAACUUACUGCCAGCUCAAUGGUCAAGCACAGUGGACGUCAUUUGACUUGGCAUUUCUUUUCAGUGAUGGUCAGUAACCAUGCCUAAUGUUUUUUUAACUACAGAAAUUCAGUGGGUUUUUCUGGACUUUCAUCAGAUUAUGAACUUGCAAAGAUGAUAGCAGAGGAAUUUCAAAAGCCAAAUUAAUGAUACUAAGGUGACUUGAACUUAGUGGUUUUUGUUUUUGUUUUUUUUUUAAUUUGAUUUUAAAAUAUUUUUGUCUUUGAUGUUUCUGAAUUGCAUUGGUGAUGAGCACAUCUUUGACAGUAAGUAAAAAGGCAGUGCUUUCCUUACCUUUUGGCUGUUUAGGUAUUCUCUCUCUCCUUCUCUUACUUUGUGAAGGAAAGUGAAGCUGAGUGGCUGGGUCACCCUCAGAUCAUGAUGACUUUUAAACAGCCAGCAGUCAUGUCAGAAGCACUGUAGUUUAUACAUAUUUCAAAGUUUGAAAACUGCAUUAAAAUAUAUUGAAACAAAUUUCUCUGUUUUUGUCCCAUGGCACAUUUGCAUUGUUUGUAUGAAAAGCAAAGUUGAGUUAAUCUCACAAGGAUACAGUAGUACAUUUCUAUUCAAUUAUCUGAAUUUCUUUGAUUUAUAAUCAUUAAAACACAUGGUACACCAAUUGUUGAUCGUAAGAACAAGUUUCAUUACUUCAUUUUCUUAUUUUCAACAUUCUUCCUCUUUCACUUACCAUUCUUCAAGAAGAUUUAAUGAAUAACCAACACCACGCUGUAGGAAUGAGCCACAAUGUGGUUGGAACUCUAACAUGGAUAAUACAAAAAGAGAUUCUAAAACAUUGUUUUUUGUAUUCUAGAAUCUGUGCUGCUCUUCAUUAAUAGUUUACAUUUCUAACUUUAAAUGGGAUAAUGGAUAGCUAUAGUUAUUUGGUUGGACCAUUUUCUCCAAGAGUUUUACCUUUGAGAGUCCAGAACUGUGAUUUUUAAAAACAGGAAUACUGUGCUGCUAUUCUGGUGCUAACAAAAUUUCUGCAUUAGAAAACAUACCCAUGAGUUUUCCUGCUAUAAAAACCUUAGGGAACACAUCAUUAUUUUUUUUUUAAUCUAUAGUGAUCCAAUGAAGGUUGCCAAGUCUUAGUAUGAAAGUUUAUUCUACUGUUUGUUUUUAAAGAAAUGUAUGUAAAUAUCCUGAAGUAUGGGAGGGACUAAUCUCCUGUGCAUGUUUUCCCUGUAUAUCUACCAAUGUACCUCUAUCCUGACCUACAGCAAAUCUGUUGUUCCAAAUUUUGCAUGAGGCCACCUAAUGAACUUUGAUGAUCUCCGGGUAUUUAAACCUAGGCUUCCAGAGGGUAAUGGCUGGCACAUUUAAACCUGUCUGCCACUUAGCCGCCAACGUUCACAUUAGCUUUCUUAAUUUUUAUUUCACUUUCAAAUUAAAGCAGUCCAGACUCCGUUGGAAGGUAAUAAGUUAGGGUGCUGUGGGCUUUUAUUGAGCUUGUAAAUAAGGCUCUAAACUUAGCUGUCCACCAGCUGAAACAAGGUUCUGAUUACUUUUUGUUCUUGGUCGUGUUACUCCUUUAAUACUGGGAAUGUAGUUAUCCUAGUGCAACAUAGUGAUGCAAAAAUGCAGCAGCACUGUUAGCUGGAAUUGAGGCAUGCUAAGGAACUAAAGGACCUUCAGAACAUGAUGAUUUAUUUUCUCUUCUCCUUUCUGUCAUUAUUUACUUAAAACCCUCUUUCUCCUUCCCUCUGUUAUCUUCCUGUUACAUAUUUCUGUAACUGGAAUGUACUGUUCCAGAGGUACCAACCCAGUGCCACAUUUGUGUCAAGGACAUUACAUACAAUCUUAUGCAUUUUGGGGGUACAACACAUUUUAAAGUAUUUAAACAAUCUACAGCAUGUUCCUAAGAGGAUGGGAUACUGAUACCCCAAAGAGGCCUGCUUGUUGAGAGAUGGGAAGGUGGAUUUUUUUACACAUAUAUGCACACACACUCAAAGGAUUUUUUUUGUUCUUCAUCCCAUUCAGAGUUUUCAUUGGAAUACUUCAGCCAGGGAGAUGAAAAUUACAGUGGUAUAAAAUGAAACUUUCUUCUUCCCCCCCUUGGAAUGUUAUAGUGAAAUUUAUAUUUCUCUCUCUGUUGUUGCCAUCCUAAUAGCAAGAACUCUCCAUACAUUUAUGCUAUCUUUGGUGGUUCUGACUGCUGUAGUGCACAAAGUAAAGAUACUUCUUAAAGCAUCAGUGUGGUGGUGUUUCAGCAAAUACAAAAGGUAGGCUUUCUGACAUUCAAAUUCUAAUUUUAAGUCAAUAUAGUGUCUGUGAAAGGGGCUGAACUGAGAACCAUCUGUUUAUCUGCAGAUUAUGUACAGCAGUACUAAUGUAAGUUUUCCCUCUCUAUUCCAGCACUAAACAUCUUUCCUGAACUGGAGGACCAAAAUAUUUGAGGGAUAGGGUAAUUUUUUUAGUCUUCAUCUUUACUCCAUCCUUAGUGUCUGAUAGCAUUUUAAAUGGUUUUGUUGUGAUACAGACAUCCAUUCUCUAGCCACCUAAAUGAGACAGUCGACUCAUUUCAUGUAGGUCACCAAAUAGCUGAAGAUGUUAAAUUCCAACCUGGUUUUGAGAUAUCAAUCCCAGUCUCUCAGCCAUCCAGUCUCAUUCCAAACCCAAUCUGCAACAGCUCUUGGUAGAAAAUAUAGGUAAAUAUUUCCUAGCUUCCAAAACAAUCCUCUGUUGAGAACUGCUUUUAAAACUGGAUGAACAUAAAUUAUUUCCAUUUUUUAAAAAAGAAAUGGAAUGUCAUGGCAGAUAUUCUACAAAAGGAUAAAAUCCUUAUUAGGAAAAACAUCUGUAUCACUUCAGUUUUCAUAUCAAUUGCAAAGUAAUAGUGGCUGUGUAUGUGACUACUUUAUGCUAUAAAUUUCACUAAAUGAUUUUUCAAAUGUAAGGAGUAGAACGCUGACUGGAUUAUGUCAUUUUGACAAGUGACUAUGAAGACCAUUGUACUAAUGUUGAUCUUCUUUACUGUAAAGUCAAUUGAUGGUAUGGUAAUUGGUAUUACAAAGUAAUUUUGUGGGAGAAGAGUUGAUGGCAGUACAUUGUAAAUGAGGGGAAGACAUAAUCUGAUCUAGUUUGAAGGACACUAUUUUAUACUGUACAAAUCACUUGGCUUCUGUAAAUGUGAAAAUAACUGUUGUAUGGAUUUGGACCCUUCGCUGAUGGCAAAGUGGAAAAGUGAUUGUUUACCUGAUUUUUAACUCAUUUUGUAUAAACGUCCCAUCGUGUCACAGACUUCCUAUGCAGGGCUAGCUCAGUGUAUUGAAAUACUGCAAUUUCUUUUUUAAGUGAAGUAAUUAAGCUUUAAUAGAAAUGUAAAAAGGGAAUAAACUUUUCUCUGCUCUUAAUCUCUUUAGGCUCCAAAAUGCAAAUUAAAUUAAAAUUGUUUCGGAGAACAACUGGCUGAGUCUAUAUCUGUUUUCUUUAAGGGCUGCUAUAGCAUCCCUAAGAAAGAGGGCAUUUUCUAUUAAGGUAAGAAUGGCUAAACACUGAUGCUACAGCUUUCGACAUUUCCUCCUGCUGUUAUCAAUGACUGUAUCCAAAAGGGAACUAAAAAUGCCUGCUGUCUGUAAUGGAACUGUUUGAGUUCAGAAUACAGGCAGCAUGGGAAAAAAUAACUUCAAGUUUCCAAAAGACAUUGUAGCUGAUGGAGGAAAGUACACAAAAUUAACAGACGGUUAAUAGUGCCACUUUAAAUGUUAAAUAAUACAUCUGCUUAUGUUUACAGCAUAACCAAACCUAAUUAGCAGUUUUCAGAACAAACUUUAGGAAAAUUCAUAAUAUGUCACCAAAAUCUCGCACCCUAAACAUAAACUGGCGUAAAAACAUAGAUUUUGUUUUUCUGUUGCUUGUGAUUGGUUGUCAUUUCUUACCAUUGGCACAACAGUCUUUGUUAUGCUUUCAGCCAUGUUCAGUGCACCAUCUAUCUAACUCAAGUGCAACCUCCUCUGAUGUUUUUCCUUUAGCAUUUCCCCCUCUCCACCCCCCCCACCCCCCAACCCCACCGGGAAAAUAAAACAUGGUUUUAACAUGAGCCAAAUAGGAAAUAUUGAAGUGGAAAAUAAAACAAAUGUUUAUAUAAAUUGUAUUCUUAGCUAGAUUGAUGAUUAGUCUUACGGUCUGAUGGAUAAUGAGAGAACUUAUAUUAGUAGAAAGAAUCUGGAAUUGGGACCUUGCUGCUGCUGGGCCGUGUUUAGUUUAUGAGCAACUUGCCACUUCCAGCCUUCCUUGCUACAGCAGACUUUUAGAUGGCUGUGCUAAUUUGUACAAAUCAAAGUUAGAGUUGAAAAAUUAGAAUUGGCUCAUGCUGUCAAUUCCUUCUGCCAGAAUAGUAUGUAGUUACUGAUUGGAGGAUGUAUCAGAUAUACUGAACAUGUCUAUCCUGUGACUUCACUGUAAGACCAACCUUCCUCAGUCUCUAAAUUUACUUUUCAUUAAUUUCACACGCAUAGUCUCUUGGAAAAAAAAAAACAAAACAGGAACAAGUAUUAAUUUUGUUGUUGUUUAGUUCUUAUACUGUGCCAGUCACGGUGGUCUCUGAACUGGGGCAGCAGCACUUUUACAGAUCAUUUUUCUCAUGCUGUUGACUCCCAAGUUACUGGGCUCAACUGUGUGUUCUGUUUAUGCCAUGGAAUGUAAUUGGAAACAUGAAAUCUGCAGCAACACAAACUCUCCAGAACCACACCAUGAGGUUUAUCUGCCUGUUUUCCUAAAUAAGGUGAAAGAACAAUGUAUGUCAAGUUUGUCUAGAAAUUAAUAGUUGCAGACAAGUUGCGAAAGCCUGCUAAUCAGGUUGGGGAGAAACAGUGAAUUCAAAUUUAACUCUCUGAGCUCUGAUACCGUUGACACUCACGAUGACAACUUCAGUAGGAGUUAGGUUCAGGGAAACACUAUGUAAUCAGAUUUGUAUGGAGUGAUGCAAAUAAAAUGUCUGACCUACUCAAGGAUGACAACUCUUCCUUACUUUAACAUGCUUAAAGUUGUUAUGAAAUGGGGCUUGGGAGAGGAAACUCCUCAGUGGCUGACAAAGGUUAAGACUUUGAAGGAUUAUGGCUUGAGAAAAAAUACCUGGCACCUACCAUUCUGAAAACUAAUCAUACUAGUCAACGUGGAAAAAUCCCUGUUCCAUCACACUCCGUCCCAAUCCUUGGUCCAGAAAGUUCUCCUCCUGCCCCUUCGGAGAGCACUACCUCUACCCAGGGCUCAGCCCGUUUGCAGUAUCCAAGAGCUGCAACCCAUGUUCCCUCUUAAUUUAUUUUUCUGUGUAUGGAAUGAAUGAAUCCCGCUAAGGAAACUUAAAAUGGGGGAGCCCAGGUGCUCCUAUACCUGAUCCCUCCGUCUCUGUCCAUCCCUCUCUGUUCCCUUCUCCAAGCUUUUCUGCCGCUUAUUUCCCACUCUCCACAUUCUCUUCCCUGCCCCUUCUGUCUUUAACAUUUCCCUCCUCUUCCUCUCUCCCUUCUGUCACCAUGCUUUUUUCACAGCUUCUGGUUGACGUUGAAAUGGGAAUUGAGGGCAUCAGCAGGAUCAGGCCCUUGCUAAAUCAUAAGUGUCUUUGUACUCUUGUUCCUUACAAGUGUACAGGUUUUUUGUUUGUUUUUAAAUUAAACAAAACUGUAUUGGGGAAAAGGGUGUGUCAGAAGAAACAUGGGCUUCAACAUGAUCCUUAUCACCCUAAGGAAUAACUUAGCUACACUUUCUCUCUUAAGCUAUUCUCCAGCUACUGAGCAGAAAAAUAACUUGGCAGCUGCUUAACAUCACUGGAAUUAGUAUAGGGUUGGGUUUGCCUAACUAGCUGUCCUGUUCAUCACGGUUUACCUUGUGCAAGACUCUGGGUGGGUACUGGGCAAGAUCAUGCCCUUAGUGAAUUGUUAUAAAUCCAUAAACAAAGUACUCGGAGAGCACAUAUAGUGGAUUCCUGUACUUGAAUGGAGGAAGGUACUUAGAAGCUUGGCCCUCUGUUUAAAAGCCUGUGAUGUGGUAGUUCUAACACACUGCACACUUUGGGACUUCUGAGGAACUGUCCUAAACGUGUCCAUUUUUCAAUGUAUUUUAAAAGUUUCACUAGUUUUAUCUAUGCGGGAAGUUCCAGUUCCUUAUUUUGUGACCCUCUGUUCUUUUGUACUGCAGAAGCAUGUGAUGAUGAUAAGAAUGUGUCAUUUAUCUACUUCUUUUAAAAUUGUCUGCUGUGUAAAAGUGGGGAACUUGUUAAAACCAACCUUUGCUGUGUAUCGUGCUUGACUUUGCCUUGCUGUUGAUAGGGCAGGUUUCACCUGGUUGAGAGGUGUUUUCCAGUAGGUUCCAGAAUAACGUGAAAGAAUCAGUUCCAACUGGUGGAUAGCAAAAAAUCUCCAAUACUGACUAUCUGAAGUCAGUUUCAGAGGCUGAACCAAACACUAACUUCUUUAUUUAUCAAAGAGAAGAGUGCCCUAUUUCUAAAAAGUGAAAGUGGUGUCACAAUUUGUAAGAAAAUCUAGAUAACUGGGCAUACUGCUCUAACCACAAGGGGCAAGGAGCAACCCAGCAUCCCAAUGCAAUUUCCCAACACUCCUUCACUUGAGUCAUGCUUCUUGCUUCUCUUUCAGAUAUAUGAACAAUGGCAGAUGGAUUUUUUUUUCCAGUAGCUGAAAACAUCCAGUAAGAAAGUCUUGUGUGACAGAGAGUGUGUUGCUCUUGCAAUGUCAGGCUCACUUAUUGGCAAUGGGGUCAUUUUAUUUGUGGAGGAGCCUCUACACUAGAAAAGAGUGUCCCUACUGAAUCAGCAGCAAGCAAUGGUGCAAAGCUGCUUGCAUCAGUGGAGCUCUGGUAUGUUUACUGAUAUGUCAUGGAUACCUAGGUUUGAAAAGAAAACAUGAAAUAUUAUAUUCCUAAUGGUAGGAUGUUUCCACAGUAUAAAAGGAAGGUGAAAACAAGAAUCCUUCUACCCUAGUGUUUUAGCAGCAGUGUUUAGCCAUUAGGAACUCUGCAUGACACGGUGCUAAAAACUCUUGAAUCCUCUCUGCACGAGUCCUCGAUGAUGUUGCUGACAGUUACUGUAAUCUUGGUAGUAAGUGUUUUUAUACAGACUUCUGUGGACAAGGCCUUGCAGUACAAAUUCUCUGCCUCAGACAAUUUGUCUGCAGUUAUUCUAGGCUCUAACUUUUAGCCUAACGAGUAUAGGAAAGCCAAAGAGCAACUGAAUAUUAAAUUAGUUCAUGAUGAAAACAGCAUCUUGUGGUGUUUAGAUGCUGCUUGUAAUUAUUAGAACUGGGAGCACUGGCUGUUGGGAGUCUGAACGGACAGGAAACGGGGGGGGGGGGGUUGAGGAGGCGGAGUGAGAGCUACCGAGGGUGCAGCAGCAGCUUGGUAAAGAGGUUUCCACUUUAAAAAUAAAGUCCUGUUGAAGUUUAAUGCCUUGCCUGGCUGCUACAACAUGAGCGACUGAAUAUUAAAUUAGUUCAUGGUGAAAACAGUAUCUGUAGGAAUUCAGGAGGAAUGUCCCUACAGCCAGGAACUUUAGGGGUAUGUCUAAACUGCAUGUGGGAGUAUACUAGUGGGGCUUGUACUAGCACUCUAAAAGUAGCUGUGUGGGUGCUGAUUUCAUGUUGUGGGUUGGGCUUUCGAACCCCACCCCAAAAAGGCUUUGGAGCUGGAGCUGCAGCCUGUUGCAGCUAUUUUUAGAGCACCAUUGUGAGUCCUGCUAGGUAGCCUGAGUUCAGGGAGCUGGGCUGGGAGGCUCGUUUCUGCCUGCAAUGUGGACAUUCCAUAGGCAGCAGGGACCAUUUCCUUAUACUAUUUGUAAAAAAUCUAAUCCGGUGGAGCAAAAUAAAAAAUAGCACUUUCUAAAAUUCAUUUUUCAAUGCCUCUGGGAGGGAGAUUUCCUCUGCAGAAGGACCUCAUACCAUUUGAUGCUAGCUGGGCAAUCGGCUGGCUGAGUUUUUGGAAUUUUCCUGUGUAAUCCUAAUCUGGGGAAGUGUUUGAUUCUGAAAAUGAGAAAAACAGAAGAGGUUAUUCUUUAUGAGUUUUACAAGACUUUUUAAAAACUUCUAGGACUCCCCAAUCUCUAACUACUCCCUGUAGUCUGCUGAAAGAUACUAUUAAAUUCUUGGAUUUAGCACCAGCCAUAACUGUCUGUACCAAACAGUCUUUAAUACCGUUAGGAAUUAUUUCUGAAGAAGUUUUAUUUUUAGCUCUCCUCAGGGGAGGGACAAGCACCUAUGGCUUGAGUUGUAUAAAUCACCAGAAAAUGGAUUGUUUUAUUCAUGGGUUGGUGUUCACUUUUCAUAUGCCUUUAGUCCAAGAGUGGCAUGACUGAAAGCCACAAGGUGACUUCAGAAAAAGAAAAAGGCCCACCACCCUGGCUGGAAAGACCAAGAGCUGAGGAGAAGCAAUGGUAUCAAAACUCUGUGUCCUAUUAGUUCACCUACUUGCCAGUUAUUGGCUGCAUAGGAAGCCCAGAUGUUCAGACAGGUGUAUCCUCUUAAGUAGAAAUGGUUUACAAAGAUUAACAUUUUCAAUAACAUGACACUUAAAACUGCACAUCUAAACACUAUUUUGUCUAGUGAUAUUGGAUACUCUUAGUUGUGAAGACCGAACAUAACGGAAACAAAAAUUAACUUCAACCUUUGCUAGACUGUGUUCAUGAUCUUACACACUGAAGGAUUCUACAGUGCUUUACAAACUGAUGUGCAAAACUUGUGCAUCGAGUUUGGUCAUCACUACUGUACAGAUAUAUCUGAUGUAAAACACAGCAGCUAUUGUACAGAGCAUAGCUAUGGCUCUAUGACUGUUUAACUACAUAUACACAAUGGAACAGCUUCAACAGGAGACAUUUGGAGAAACCUGCCCUACAAUACCCUAUAGUCCAGGGGUUAGAGCUUCCUCCUGAGAAGAGACUCAAGUUCAAAUCUCUACUUCAGGAAAAGGGGCAAUUUAAAGCUGGGUCUCCCCCAGCCUGAGUGAGGGUUCUAGCCACUGGGCUAAAAGUUACACAUGGGGGGGUGGGAAGCACCAUAACCUUCUUUUCCUCUGGUGACAGGUUUCAGAGUGGUAGUCUCUAAGGUGCCACAAGUACUCCUCAUUCUUUUCCUCUGGUGUUUCAUUCAAAAACCAGUUUCAAUGCCUAACUCCAGGAAAGGGUUCAUGGCUGAGAAUCCCAAGAAGUGAUAGGUGCCUCCCUCCAGCCCAGAUUUAGUGCCUAGUUCCCUGAGAGGGCAGGGCUUACAUCACCCCCUUCUGCUCUUCAGCGUUUCUAAUAACUGUUUCAAGUGGCUUCCUUCUCAGCUUGCUGGCUUUUGUGAAUCUCUCUCUGUCUCUAUGCAUUGUACAGGGUGCGUAGGUACCUAACACAGGACUGUAGAUUCCCCUGGGUGGCAAAACACCUAAAAGUUAGUCCCUUUGUGGAUCUAGCCCUUUAUUCCUUUCCUCAAGUGGAGUAAUUGUACAUAAAUGAGGAACUACUCGUAUGUGACCUUGUCUUUACAUCAUAAUGGUCACGCUUGUUGAAACGUGGAAGUGUGGUUUGCUUAGUAAAAUAGCUUACUUGCAAAAUAGCACAACCAUUAGAAUAUUUGCUUCAUUUUCCACAGAAAGUGAGGUCAGUAAUUUUUCAGUUUGUCUCCAGUAUCUGAGAAAAUUCAAUACCUGUAAAAUCUGCGUGCCACAUAGUAGAAAGUAUAGGUAGAAUAGGUGCUACUGUGUUUGGUGGGUAUUUGUAAUGUUUGAUUACUACUAUUAAAUGUGGCAGUGGAGAUAUUGUAGGCUGGAGAAUAUUAGAGGGUGAAAGAUGGUUCUUAACUAAAUGGGGAUUUAAUGGUGAUAACACAUAAGUGCAGGAAUUAACAAUAGCCAGCAAUUGAGAUAGCAGCUCACAGAGUUGGUACUUUUUCUCUUCUGCUUGCAUCUUAUCUUUAAUUUAAAAGUAAGUUUAAAACUCUAACCUUUAUGGUUGAGAAGACGACUUUCAAAAGGGAAUUGGUGGCAAAUCGAUGCUGCCCUGGCUGCAGCAUGCCUGAAACAAUAUCUCUGAGAGGUGGGCAGUCUUCCAGUCCUUUCAGUGGGAAAGUUAACUGGGAAACCUAAUCAUGAAUAUUUAUGUCAACACAGUUAACUAUUUUGCUGCUGGCCAAAGCAUUCAAGAGAGGAGAGGGAAGAUUAGAAAAUGUGUGUAAACUAUAGAAUAGCCGCUCCCAGGGGUGUCAUAAGUGGGUAGAGCACAGGAGACUACCAUCACUCCCCCCACCCCCACCCCCUUUCUAGCUUCUAAUAAUAACUCCUGCAAAACAUUAUUUCUUCUUAAAUUAUCCUUAUGUUGUGGAUAGUUCCAAAUUCCCAGGUGCUGAGGUACUAUCCCAUCACUAUAAAUUCAGUUCAUAACCAUUCCCUCUUCCAAAUUUCUGUGGACCCUUUUAUAAUUUCCACACUUAUUAUGGAUCAGAUAUGGGGCGAGCUCCUCCUCUAGCAGGGCACCUGUGCUGCUAUCUGCUUUGCUAUUUGAGAAAUCAUUGCUUGACUUGUAAUAACAUAGGCCUGGUCUACACUAGGGACUUACAUUGGGAUAGCUAUGUCUCUCAGGUUGUGAAAAAUCCACACCCCUGAGAGACAAAGUUGUACCGACCUAAUCCCCAGUGUAGACUGUGCUAACUCAACAGAAGAAUUCUUCCACCUAACAGAGUCUAUACUGGGAUUAGGUUGACUUAACUAUGUCUCUGAAUUUUUUCACACCUCUGAGUGAUGUCGCUAGGUUCACCUAAGUUUUAGGUGUAGACCAGGUCAAAGUCUAUUGGCUACUUCCAAGGAAUCAUCACGAGAAGGAGAGAUGUAAUAUAGCACCACAGUGCAAGAAGCUCCCUUGCCUAACCUCAAGCCCACUUAAAGGAGCAGCAGCUGCUGUAGCAGCUUUCCUUAAAGCAAAACAAGGAACAAAUAAAAUAUAAAAACUUACUGGGCCUGAUUCUUCUCUGCCUUGCCCCCUUCUAGUCAUUUAUACCUAUGCAAGAGGCUGUGAGACUGCCAAAUCAAUCGUAAUGGUUUACAUCCACUUUACACAGGAGGAGAUGGGUGUAGAAGCAAUAUGGCCAGCCCCAAUCGUUCAACAGUCACAAGUCAGACUUCAAAAGAUCAUGAGAUUGGCUUAAAAAUUAUGAAAUGUUUUUAAAAUAAUAAAUGUUAUGUUCAGUUUGUCUUCUGGUUCCUGAGGUGCUAGGGUGCUCUUGGGUCAGGUUUCCAAGCUUUUCUACACAAUGUGAGGGCUAGAAGAUUUCUAUUAA